UAAAGGAUUUUCCUUUCAUGAUGAAGAAAGUGGUUUGUAUGCAAUCUAGGUGUGUGUUUGCACGGCACACCAAUACCAAUAGAUCCUUGUAUACGGAUGACUGAUCUAUCACUAAGCGUUGUGUAUAGUGGUUUUAAACUGAAAACUUCGAGCUAGCGUGAACAAGUGUCUUUAGAAAGGAAGAAAUUCAACAACUAGUCCCGUUCAAAGCAUUGCGUGGCGUCUUUUCCACACUCAACACUUUGUCAUGUUGCUUGAGAGUUAAAUAUGCCUGGAUAUGCUUUCGUCACGAGUUUCCAAUGUGAUUUUCCAUGCGGAAUGUUUUGGAGUGAUUAAUCUGGAAUAGUUUUCAUCGAACUGCCUACAAUAAUAUAUGGAGCCGUGGAAUUGAUAGUUUUAUUGGCGAACCAGUUGAUUGGACAUCAUUGCGUUCUGUUUUCAAGCUCUUCUGGGACAUAUGACACUUUCAUGUAAAUAACUUGACGACCAUAUUUGGGAUAUAGUGAGUGGUCAUUUCAUACAGAGUCAAAGGUCGUGUGUGCUACCUCUGUUCGGUUUUAAAACAACAUAAUCCAUUUCGUUCCGUUUGUGAUCAUUUCAUCGUUUGUGCUGUUUGGACACUGUAAACAUGGCAUGAUCAAUUUUAGUGCAAGUGAGGCACAUAACCGUUGAAAUGGUAUAUGAAAUUGAUAAAUAAUUGCCAACUAAUGCCAAAAACCUAUCCUGUUCACUCUGACUGACAUUAUGAAAUUAUGACUGUCACAUUCUAAGGAAUUUCGAUUAUGGGAAUUCUUCAACAUCAUACGUAGAUUCGAGACACAACACCUGACGACAAUCUCCUGAAACUUAAUUUUUUAUUCAUCAAAGGGAGCGGAAUAUUGCUCACCAUGCCCCGGAUAACCCAAACAGCGUUUUUGAAGAGCCUUUGGCGGCGUUACCCGGGUACUAUCCUAUUCCAUUUAGGUCUCCUUCUCUUUCUCUUGGCCACGUUGUCGAAAUAUGGCGGUUUUUCCUUCAUCACCAGUGCGGGAAAGCAGAAUGAAAGGCGAGACUUGGAAUUCAAGAAGUAUGAACUAUAUGUCGACCCCUCCAUGCCACUCGAUAGGGUAGUUGAUGAUGAGUUGGCCGAGUGGAUCGAGCAACUGCUUGUACAGAAGCCGACUAAUACUGACGGAGAAGAUAGAGCCCUCGGCGAGAAGAAAAGUGAGUCAAAAGCCGGUGAUAAGAUGAAUGGUAAUGUCUUCAAGAAGGUCCUGGAAUCUGUAGAGGUCUUAGGAGAAGGUGGUUCCCCUCGGGAUCGACCAUCGGCCAGGAUGGCGCAGCGGCACCUACCCAACGUCCCACCGGGUCUCCUCCCUGUCAGCAAGUUUUUUCGGGAAAAGAUGCCCCGACUUGCGAAUCAACAGAUCAAACUGCCCCUUACUGUCAAAUCUGUGCAGCAAGAUCUAGAAAAGAAUAUGUCCAAUACAGAAAUGCAAAGGGAAGUGCAUCCUGAUAUGAAUCUUCGACAUGGUCAAGACGUCAUCACUGCUGCCCAUACGGCACUUCCAACUAUAAAGGGAGUGGCCAAGAGGGUGAAUGUACUCAUAGUUGCCGCAAUGAGAACAGGGUCGUCUUUUCUAGGGGAGUUGUUUCAACAGCGAAGAGACUUCUUCUACAUGUUUGAGCCGGGUAUGCAAAUAAUGCACAAGCUCGAUUCCGCAAACCUAACCCGUCGGGUGAUCUACACGAAGCUCAUCGAUAUGUUGAAUGGCUUCUACCACUGCAAAUUUAACGAUAUUUCAUUCUUUAUCGAUGAAUUAAACCAUAGAACAUUGCAUGGUCGACAACAAUCCAUUGCUGCACUGGUUACCUCACAAUUUUGUCGGAAGACACGCCUACCAGGUCAUCGAUCAAAUAAAUUGGUUUGCGAUCCUGUUAGUGAGAAGGUCCUGGAGACAGCAUGCGCCACAAGGGACCACACCGCCGUCAAAUCCAUUCGAGUACUCGACAUAAACCUGAUGAUAUCCGCAGUCAAAGACCCUGAUAUGAACCUCAAACUGAUUCACCUGAUACGUGACCCUAGGAGUAUGAUAUUAUCGCGUUUAAAACUCAAAUUUCCGGCAAUCAAAGUCUUCAAUGUGACUGAGCUCUCCGAUACCUUUCGCAACGUUCUCUUGAAGUAUUGUUCAAACUGGCUCCAGAACUACGAGAUUGGACACUAUGUUCCUUUGAUGAAGAAGAACUACUUGAUGGUGCGCUAUGAGGAUCUCGCUUUAGAGCCGUACGUCUACGCGAAGAUAAUCUACGACUUCGUGGGUCUGGGUGCGGUAAUUCCCCCCGCGAUACAAACCUGGAUCGACAUUAACACCAAUGUCAAUGACCCGAGCCAAAAGAAGGCUGCUGCCUUUUCGACCAGGAGAGACUCGAAAGAGGUUUUGGUAAGCUGGAAGUCCAGACUCACUUUAGAGAUGGCAAAUGCCAUUGAAGAAGUUGGAGACUGCACCCGACUUAUGAAAGCGACUGGAUAUAAACUUAUUGGGCAUGAUUAUGGGAUGCUAAAGAACAAUGAUCACCUGGUUGACGAGUUUCCAUUACCCGAGUUUCGUGUUAAUGAGUUUGAUUUUAUGUAAUAGAGUACCUAAGGGAUAACGUCAUAUUCGCUCGUCGUCCUGGUUACUGUAUCCAAAUAACAGAGCAUGCGCAUGAGGUUCACCCCGAAAUCAUUCAAGCAACUGGAGCAGGACGAAUUCAGUGUUUUGGGCGGUUGGGAUCACCACACCACUGUUUAGCACAAAAAUGUUAGGAACCAGCAACCUUGAUAACUUGGCCAGUAUGAUGUCACAUCCCGUACCCUAUAUUCAACAGUUAUUUAUUAACAACAGAUAUCUUUCACGUAUUUCUGCUCGUUAGUCAGCAGUAAAGUUAACACUGGUCAAAAUGCAUAAAUGUAUUGUUUGUGACUACCAGUGUGGUGCAACCAUUUUGAUAGGGCAGGGGAUCAUGAUGCAACCAAGUCAGCAAACAAUCACGGAAAAACUUUCUUUCCUAUAAUUCCAAAUAUUCCUACUUUACAAAGUUUCGUGCAUAAAAUCAUUGUAAAAAUGUCCUUUUGCAUUGCUGUUUCUUGUUUGUUUACUAACUGUAGAGUUAAAUAUCAAGUUUAAAAAAAAAAAAUGAGUAAUUUGCAGUUUCCUAUUAGCAGAAGGGAAAAGAGGCAGCAUUAAAAUAGAUUUUUAUUUUUUUCAAUUUUAAAGGGAUUAACAUCAUCUGGGAAGCAGGAGACCUAUUUGAAUGGUCUAUUUUUAAGCUCUUGUAGUUGUUGUUUUAAUAUUAUUAUCAUUAUUAUUGUUGUUUUUAUUUUUGUUAUUUAUAUCAUCAUUAUUAUUGCUGUUAUCCUUAUUGUUAUUAUUAUUAUUAUCAUUAUCAUUAUCAUCAUGAUCAUUAUCAUCAUUAUUGUUGUUGUUACUAUUAUUGCUCUCAUUGGAACAUUUUUAAAGAUCAAUUUUGAAGUAUAAGCCUAAUAUGGUAGGAAGUUGUUUGUGUAAUGACAUGAAAUGUAGGAUACCUGUAUGUGAAGGGCAAAAUCGUGUUAUUACACCCCCCCCCCCUCCCUAUUAUGCCUAAAAAAGGAUGUUGUAUUGCCCUUUAGGUGCCAACACAUGGGUCGGUCGGUCGGAAAUCUUCUCUUUUUAAAUUUUUUUUUCUCCCUCUUUGGGCUGAUUUUUCUCAGUUUUUAAUGCUUUAAUACAUAAAAACAGAUUUGUUUACGCCUUACAGAUGUUACAGUCUUGUAAAUGUUAUUAUGUGUGUAAUAUACCAUGAUGGCUAAUCGUACAGAAAUUGGGCAAUUAUAGAGUUGAAUUUCGAUGUAAAACAAUUACCUUUUAUGCCUUUUCGUCAGAUGUGACGCGGCAAGUCUGGGGCGUUUUUUGUGUGUGAUGACGUUAAGAGUAGUACGCGUCACAUUUCUGUAAUUGUAAAUACGCGCAUGACCUUUUUUACGUUCAGUUGCUAUUCAUUAGGGACUUUUAGAUUUACACGACGAGAGCGGGGACUGCCGCCUGUGACAUUGUGUUAAGGCAGUGCCUUAAAAGGACAUCACAUUACCUUAAAAGGAUGUCACACGUGGCGGUCCACGUUCUCGUCGUGUAAAUCUAAAAGUUCCUUUUAACUCGUAAGUGAAACAGAGGUGGCUUUCUUUUCGCGGCGGUUUAUACACUGUCAUAUCUGAACGAACCUUUAAAACAGUUAGAUCUUUUGAUGGUUUCCCGAGUAUACCACCUAGUUCUACCAGGCCAAAUUAUUGUACAAGUUGUGGAUGAGACCCGUCAUUCGUCUUCUUUUCCUCAUCACCAACAUAAUUAUCCCUGCAAUGAUCAUACCAGCAUCAUCAUCACCAUCAUCUUCAUAAUUGUCACCGCAAUGAUCAUUACUAUCACCAUCGUCAUUAUCACCACCAUCAUCAUUGACCAUUGUCGUCAUUAUAGUCAUAAUGAAUGCACCAUCAACAUCAUCACCAUCAUCACAAUCACCACCAACACCCACUAUCAUUAACAUCAUCAUCAUCAUUUUCGUCCUCGUCGUCGUAAUCAUCAUCAACAUUGAAGAUAAGAACACAGUUGGCAUAUUCUUUGUUAAAGUUUGUUUCUAUUCUUGAUAUCAAGGCAAUAUUUUCACAUGCGAUAAAACAGAAUACACAUGAAAAUCUAUGUUUACCUAGAUGCAUCACUUCUAGGUUCUAUGCGUGUAACGUGAUCAUUUUGGAACAGAAAACAUUGAAGGAUGUAUAUAAUAAGGCAGACAACCAUGGUUCUUAAUUUUGAUGAUUGAUUAUUUGCAGAUCCACAAUGGCGAUUUAGUGAUGAUAUAGCCUUCAUAGUAUUGUAAUGUAGGCUAGGGGCCUACUCUCUACCAAAUUCUUUUUCAAAUAUCUGCAAGGUAUAUCCUGUGUAAGUUCAUGACAGUGUGACAUUUUCAAAUGAUAGAUUAACAUAACUUUAUGUAUAAAAUAAAUGUAAGUGCAAUCUAAA